AUGUUGAAACUCGUACAAUCAAGACUCCCUCCACGCAGCUAUCUUGCGUAUAAAACUCUUCCCAAACCAAGAACCAUGUCGCUAAUGCACCGCCGUCCCGGCGGCGGAUUCCUCUCCUUCAUGCGUGCCCUCGACGACUUCGAUAACUCCCUCGCCACCCGCUCCCUCGACAGCCAAUUCACAGCCCACUCACCCCGAUUCGACAUCCGAGAAACAAAAGACGGAUACCAUCUCGAUGGCGAACUCCCAGGGGUCGAGAAGAAGGACAUCGAUAUCGAGUUCCCCGACCAGACCACGCUGAAUAUCAAAGGCCACACCGAGAAGUCAACCUCCACCGAGGGCGAUGAGGGGUCUUGGUGGUGCAUGGAGCGCUCGACUGGCGACUUUCGACGCUCGUUUAGCUUUCCUGCGCCGGUUGAUCAGGACCAUGUGGAAGCGACGCUGAAGAAUGGUGUUCUCUCUAUUGAUGUGCCAAAGGCGCAGGUUGCGGCUACUGGGAAGCGUAUUGAUGUUAAGUAG